AGCAGCGGAAGUACAUAUUUUGGAGUGAACAUGGCGAAUAUAACUGCAGUUCCCGAUUACGAUAAAACUGACGAUAGUGACGAAGUAAAGGUUAAAAUAAUAUGUUUAGGAGACAGCGCUGUUGGAAAGUCUAAGUUGGUUGAAAGGUUUUUAAUGGAUGGAUAUAAACCUCAACAGUUAUCAACUUAUGCACUAACAUUAUUUAAUUAUAAAACAGAGGUGAACAAGCAGUCUGUAUCAGUUGAUUUUUGGGAUACAGCUGGUCAAGAAAGAUUUAAUAACAUGCAUCCAUCAUAUUACCAUCAAGCUCAUGCCUGUGUAAUAGUAUUUGAUGCAACUAGAAAAAUUACUUAUAAAAAUUUACCUGACUGGCUGAAAGAACUUCGAGAAUAUAGACCAGAAAUACCGUGUUUAUGUGUAGCUAAUAAAAUAGAUGCUGAUCCAAAUGUUACGAAGAGAUCAUUUGGUUUUGCUAAAAAACACAACAUGCCAUUCUACUAUGUGUCAGCCUCUGAAGGUACAAAUGUAGUCAAGUUAUUUAAAGAUGCAAUUAAAGCAGCAGUGGCAUACAAAAAUAAUCCGACUGAUUUUAUGGAUGAAAUUAUGAUGGAAUUAGAGAAUUUUGAACUAGAAACUGAUAAAAGUAAAGAAGACAAGGAGGAAGUAUCAGACAGUGGAUUAGAUUCACCGAAAAGCCAUACAGAUGACAAACCUGAUUCCUGAAAAAAGACUAUUUUAGGAUGUGUUUAAUUUAUCUUUAUUAUUAUAUCUUUCCAUUCCCUAAUUACUCAAAGUCAUAUAUUUUAUGAACAUUGUUAAAUAAUAUCAGAAGAAAAUCUUUGUAAAUAUUAAUACAGUAAUAUUUUAGUAUUUACAUAUCAUUUUCACUUUAGUGUAUAUGGUAGUCAUAGUAUAUAUAUAUAUGUUGCAAAUCUGUGAUCAUUUUAAUUACUAAUUAUUUAUAUUUUUGCCUACUAGGUGAAUUUACUCACUGGAUAAUUGCAAUGAAUUCCAGUCUUGUGUUAUGUGGACAUUUUAAACAAAAUGUGUAUGCUAGCAUUACAUUUAUAACAAAAGUUUCUUCAGUAUUAGGCAAGAAAUUAAAUUUUUUACUGUAAGUAGAUCAAAAAUAUUUGAACUUGUUUCAUAUAUCUUAAUCAAUCUGAAAUCAGACUUGGUUGAAAUAAUUCAAGAUUUCUUGGAUGAUGUGUGUUUUUUGUUUUUUGAUUUUUUGAAAACAACAUGUGCCAUCAAAUUGUAUGUUUGUUUGAGUAUAUAUUUCUGUGUAAGUCAAUGCAUUCAUAUUGUUUUUGUUCACCACCAUUUGAAGAAAGCAUGAGGACUAUUAAAAUGAGUCUGUCUGUCCUUCAAACUUAUUGGGACACAAGGACACUGCUUUAUACUUUCUGAAUUUCUUGACUGAAUCUGCCGCUGUCAGGCCAAAUUUCCCUCAUAGCACACUGUAUGGCGUAUGCCCGUCUUCAGUUCAGAGCAGAACAGUAGGAGGUUAAACCCCAUUUCAUUAUUCAUUUCAUUUUGACUGAAUCUGAUGCAUAUUUUCUGCUUGGCCUAAGCAUUUGUCUGUCCUGAUUGAUGGGGGUGGGGGGAUUCUUGGUGUAUAAUUUCAUUAUAUCAAUGUAAUUUCAAUAAUGAACAUUUUCUAUCUAUGUUAAGCUGAGUGACAAGCAAUUGGAUUGCUAGAUUGUUUAUAAAAAGAUAAAUGUGCAAGUAAUCGAGUGUCGUAUAUUUAAUUGGUAUUGAGGUGGGGGACAUCAGCCGCAUUGUUGGCUUGUUCUUCAGUGUACUUGUCUGGAUUUCUGUUUUAUUUCUUGUAUACACAGGGUAUUAAUAAUCUAUUUAUAAAAUUAUGUAUUACUUUAUUACUUUGUCAACACAUAUUUUAGUUCAGUGUGGUUUAAUUGUCGAGAGCGAGACAUUAAGUAAUAUUAUUGAUACUUCACGAGGGACAUUAGUCUGAUUGUUGUUUCUAUAUAUUACCCAAUGUCUUGCUCGAGACCAUUAAACAACUUAAAAUACAGACACUCCUGCAUGUGCAUUUCAAUGAAAUAUUUCAACUAGUAUGAAUAAUAUACAAUUGGAACGUUGCCAGUACCAUUAUUUGAAAGGAUGACGUCACAUCUGUAUUUUAAAUCUCAUUAAACUGUAAAGGGACCGGUCCUUUUUGUCCCCCGCCUUUCGAAGAAAGCAGGGGACUAUUAAAAUGGGUUCGUCCGUCUGUCUGUCCGUCCGUCUGUCUGUCCGUCACACUUUUUGGGACACAAUAACUCUCUUCCUAAUUGAGCUAGAAUGUUCAAACUUGGUGUAUGUGCUUAUUAGGUCAAUGCCUUGAUGGAGUUCGAAGAUGAGCAUUUUCCGCUUAGGGUAAGCAGAGAUAAGCAAUUUGAUUGGUUGAUGCUUUGGGACACGAUAACUCUCUUCCUAAUUGGGCUAGAAUGUUCAAACUUGGUGUAUGUGUUGAUUAGGUCAAUGCCUUGAUGGAGUUCGAAGAUGAGCAUUUUCCGCUUAGGGUAAGCAGAGAUAAGCAAUUUGAUUGGUUGAUGCUUUGGGACACGAUAACUUUUAAUUGAGCUAGAAUGUUCAAACUUGGUGUAUGUGUUUAUUAGGUCAAUGCCUUGAUGGAGUUCGAAGAUGAGCAUUUUCCGCUUAGGGUAAGCAGAGAUAAGCAAUUUGAUUGGUUGAUACUUUGGGGCACGAUAACUCUCUUCCUAAUUGAGCUAGAAUGUUCAAACUUGGUGUAUGUGUUGAUUAGGUCAAUGCCUUGUUUUAUUUGUUCCCCGCCUUUCGAAGAAAGCAGGGGACUAUUAAAAUGGGUUCGUCUGUCUGUCUGUCCGUCACACUUUUUGGGACACAAUAACUCUCCUUCUAAUUGACCUAGAAUGUUCAAACUUGGUGUAGGUGUUUAUUAGGUCAAUGCCUUGAUGGAGUUCGAAGAUGAGCAUUUUCUGCUUAGGGUAAGCAGAGAUAAGCAAUUUGAUUGGUUGAUGCUUUGGGACACGAUAACUUUAGUUCUAAUUAAGUGAGAGUGAUGAAACUUGGUGUAUAGUUUCAUUACAUCAAUACCUUGACUAAGUUCGAUGAUGAGAAUUUUCUGCUUAGGCUAACGAGCAAUAAGCAUUUUGAUUGGUCAAACUCUUCUUCUAAUUGAGGUAGAAUGUUUAAACUUGAUGUAGAUGUUCGUCUUGACUGAGUUCAAUGAUUAACAUAUUGAGCUAAAGCUAAGCAGAGAUAAGCAAUUUCCUGCUUUGGGACAAGAUAACUUUGAUUCUAUCUGAUAGAGAGUGAUGAAACUUAGUGUAUAGUUGAUAAUCAGUUUGAUUGCUUGAUACUUUGGAAAAAAAUAGAUGUGCGAUUAAUUAAUAUGUUUCAUCUAUUUAUUUGGGGAUUUCGGCGGGGGACAUCAGCCUCACUGUUGGCUUGUUCAUAUAGGUCAAUUACUGAACACAAAAAAUAAUUUUAUCUAUACUUGUCCAUUUUUUUAAUCGAGAAAAUUUUUCAUCCAAAACAUUUAACACAAUAAAUAAAUCAACCUUAAAUUUAUGUACCAAUUUUAAACUUUAAUUGAAAUUAACUAAUGUAGUGUAAUCAUAAUAUAUUGGUAUUUGGUACAGUAUGAUAUUACAGUAGUAAUACAUAGGAAUUGAUCAACUUGUAAAAGUGCUAUUUUGUGCUUGUUGAGUAGAGAACCUACGAUUUAAUAUCUCAGGGGAUUGUCAUAAACAAUCUUACAGUCUGUCAUAUUGUAUAUAAUUCAUUUAUUUAUAUUAUAUCACAAUCAAUAUUUUACUUCUUUAUAAAUAUAUUCAUGUCUAUUUGAAUAUUUGCAAUUCUUAUAAUCUAUUUGAAAUACUGUAUGUAUAGUGAGACCAGUUUGUUCAUUAAAAACACAAUGUUGUACUAGGUGUAACAAUCAGGUAUAAAUGUAUAAAAAUAAUUGUUCCAGCAAUGCAGAUUAUAUAGAACAAAAUGUCAUUGGCAAAUUCUUUUCAUUUCUCCAGAUGGCACCAUUGUUUGAGUCAUUACAUUGCUUAGUUUUCAAAAACAAGUAUACAGGAACUUGUAGGAUUUUUUAUAUCUCCAUAGAGUAUUUAUCAUUUAAAGAAGAACACAACCAUAAUCCAUUAUGUUCAGUAAAUAUCAAUUUUAUCAAGUUUAAUUUGUGCAUAAAAGAAUGUUACCUCUCUGUAUAUUUUUUUUUUUUUACAUAGGACAUUACACCCCAUUUCAUUCUUACAUGUUAUUGCAAUAUUAUGAAGCUCUGGCAUAUAUUUAGUUGUAAACUGUUGAAAUUGAUACUGUAUGGUAUGUUCUUGUAUUUUAUUUAUAAAUACUUCUACAACAUAAUCAAUUCUAUACUAUUGACAGGCUGCCCCACAAAUAUAAAGAUAGGUUGCCAGGCAACGAAACAUACGCCCACAGCAGCUAAAUCGUCCAGGCAGUCAACAAGAGUUGUCGCAUAUUUUUACUUUUUCAGUAAUGAAACAUUUAUAAUACAUUAAAAUCUGAUUAAGAGUAACAACUCAUUAAAUAAUUAUCAGAAAAUCA